AUGCCAUUGAUGUUGGCUUAUAUGAGUUCAUCUGGAAAAAUAUACAAUUUCGGUUUUAAAAGACAUGAAUUUGGUUCCGAAUCAUUUUGGCAACUGGAUUUGAGUGGCAUUGAGGAUCGUGAGCAACCAUUAUUUCGUUCGAUGUCAGCGCUAAUACAAUAUUAUAAAUCACUUGUUAUCGAUCGUGGUGAUGGCAAAACAGAAAUAUUUCCAGUGGAUUAG